GAGCUCCAGCUGACACACUGACAGUAAACAAUCUGAGUUGGCGGUUUGUGAUCGUCCGUAGGUAGACGGCAUCUGUUACGAUGGCCAGCCCAAGAACACGACGAGUACUUGCGGAAAUUAAACCCAAAGAUGAAAACAGUCAAUGCUUUGAGUGUGGUGCCCACAAUCCCCAGUGGGCCUCAGUGUCCUAUGGCAUCUGGAUAUGCCUCGAGUGCUCAGGGAAACACCGUGGAUUGGGAGUACACUUAUCUUUUGUACGUUCAAUCACGAUGGAUAAGUGGAAGGACAAUGAACUAGAGAAAAUGAAGAUUGGUGGAAAUAAAAGAGCCAAAGAAUUCUUGAUGAGUCAGAGUGAUUACGACCACCAUGCACCAAUGCAACAGAAGUACAACACAAGAGCAGCUGCUCUCUAUAGAGAUAAGGUAACAGCAUUGUCACAGGGCAAAUCCUGGAGCAUAGAGAGUUCAUCUGCACGGAAUCACCGAUCAACAUCAAUUCCUAAGUGUACCUCAGCACCUGCCUUCAAAUCACCAGGGCAAAAUGUGUAUUCUUCCACUGGCAAUAAUUAUGAUAACUUCAGCGGUGGUGGUUAUCAAGAUUAUCAAGGAAGUUAUCAGGGUGGCUACCAAGACCCUAGCUUAAAGAGCCAGACAGAGGCAUUCUUUGCGAAAAUGCAAGAUGAAAAUGCUUCCCGACCAGAACACCUUCCACCAUCUCAAGGAGGUCGGUAUUCUGGUUUUGGCAAUUGCCCCAACCCGCCCCCAAAGAGUGCCUCUACAGAGAUUUUUGACACUGCUGUAACUUCUUUAACUUCAGGUUGGUCAAUGCUUUCUCUGGGUGCCACUAAAAUUGCAGGGAAGGCGAUGGAGUACAGCAGCAUAGCCACAGAGAAAGCUACAGAAUACAGCCACACCAUCACAGAGAAGGUCCGUGAUGGCAACCUGAUAGAGGAAAUAGCGACUCAGGCCACUACCCUUGGCUCUAAGGUGAGCGAGGUGUCCCGUCGUGGGUGGAGUGAAGCUACCCGGGCAUGGGGAAGUGGUGGAGCUGGUGGUGGAACUCUAGCCCUCACAGGCAGUUCAGGGGGACCACAUGAACGCUCUUCCUUGUUGCUUGGCCCAGGUGAUGGAUACCAGCGGCUUGACAACAACAGCAUCAGUGGUAACCAGGCUGCCUUAGAUAGUGACAGUGGCCCACAGAAUGACAUCCUCCAGGACAAAGAGGAUGAACCCCACUUGAGGAAUGAAAAUGUAUCAAGAAGUAAAGAUCGCCACUUAGAAUGUAAUGAUGGUUGGGGAGAUGACAACUGGACAAAUGACUGGGGUAGCAGCAACAACAGCAAGGCAUCCUCCCCUUUACAAACAAGAAUGGAUUCCCCUGAUCCUUCCCCAAAUGCCCGUGUCUCUAAGAAGAAUGCUAAUAACAGCAGUAAGAAGAGUAAAGGCUCUACUAAAAAGGAUGGAAAGGCAGAACAGGAGUUGCUGGUGGACCUUGGGAACAAUGGCACCAAAGGUCAUACUUGGGACAAUUGGGAUGAUGACUGGGAAAAGGUGGAUGGACAGUGAUUCAUACAUCUUUGUAAAUGAUGCAGAACAAGUAACUCAAUUAUUUAAAAUUAAUAGUGUUGACUUUAUAGUACGUGUUAGACUGAGUUUCAUUAUAGAAUUGAUUAUUUAUAUAUUUUUUGUAAUUCAUGAUAAGUUAAUAUAAUAUAACCUUUAGAAAACCUUGAAACUAGGUUGAGAUACAUCAUACAAUGAGUCAUUAACUUAUGCCAGUGAAUAAGAGAGAAACAAGAUGUAAAGAAUAAUGAGAAAAGUAUUACAUUGUAAGUGGGAAAAACAAAUGAGAAUAUAAAAUGUGCCUUGAGAUUUAAUUAGUUGAGAUACCAUCAAGAGUGUGAUUAAGAGGAAAAACUUGAGUACGUACUGUACAUUACAAGGCACCAGUUUGCACCAUUGUGAAAGUUCACUUGAGAUGCUACUAAUAAUGUGAUGAAAAUUGAAAGUUUGAAGGAGUGCUAGAGAGGCAGUGGUUUGCACCACAUUGUAUGUUGAAUUUGUAAAUAUUGUUCAGGUAUUUUCAACUGAAUUGAAAAAUUUCAGCAUGAUCAUUCCAUGAGAAAUGGUUGCAAACAUUCAAGUGUGUGUGAAAUGUGGGGGUCUUUUUGUCACCCGUAUUAAAUAAUUUUGCACAUAAUUAUUUUAUUAAGGAAGUAUUUUGCAGGAAUUAGAAAUGAUUGGUAAAAAAAAUGUGUGAAUCUGGUGCAAUUUACUUAUUAUAGUACAGGAGUUAACUAUUAUAUAUUUUGUAUGAAGAUUUAGUAUAAAGCAAGUACUGAGAAAUGUACUCUUUUGUUUUAUAGUUUACAAUAGUAAGUAACUGAACAGGGAGUAGAGUACAGACUAAACACCAGUACAGUUAUUCAGUUAGGAAGGUUCUAAAAUUAUUAUGAUAUUUAAUUUAAUGUUAUCGUAUUUUACUUACUUUCUAAUUUCCAUUCUCUAGAAUUAUAAUCUCAAUCUUCUUAACUUUUAUAUUUUUUACAUCUUCACUCCUUGUUUUUUUGGUUUGUUAUCGUGAUGUAUUUGUUCAUAGAUACAUUUUAACAUUGUCAAUAAUACAAUUAGAUUUACUUUUUUGUUAUUUUCUUAAAUAAAAACAAAGCACUUAUGUACACCAUGACCUUAUGGAAUGUGUGCUAUAAUCAAAAGCCAGCAACCCAGGUCUCAUCUAACAUGACAGUAUGAUUGCUCAUUGUAGCCUCCAGUGAUAUAAACAGAUGGUAUCAUCCUGUCUCCCCUGGUCCUGAACCACGGCUCUGUGCAAAAUGUUGUUCCGUUAUGUAACUGAAUGUAAUGGUUACUACAGUAUAGGUAAUCAAUAUUCCUGAUGAUAUGAGUGAAUGGUUGGGAAGUGUACCAGUGCACGAGUUCCUAGUCCUGAUGACCUAUGCUAUAUGAAAAGGUAGAGAAUCAUAGCUGAUGUGUAUGGGUAUAAAAGUUUCUGACAUGGCAAAGAUUCAACUGUAUUGUGCAGAUUUUUUUUUUUUUUUUAGAUUACUCAGUAAAAAAUCAAGGCAGUUACAUGCUGUGACAAGUGUCUGCUUCCCACUAAAGAAAAAACACCUCUACCCCAGAUGUUAUUUAAUACAGAUAGAGUAUACAUUGUAUUUACAGUGUGUAUACUCAUGAAGUUUAUUUUGUAUCUUAAAUUGUCUUAACUUUUUAUGUAAUAUAUAAUGGGUCUUAGACAGUAGAUAUUAUUUGAAAUCUUUAUGGAACUACAUAUAUAAACUUUAAAGUUACCUGAUACUUAUUGCAUACUGGUUUCAUAUUCACAUAGUAUGCAAAAGAAUCACAAAAAUUUGGUUCCAGAUUCUUGAAGGUCUAUACAGUAAAUAUUCCCUGUAACUGGUGAUCUGAUAAUACAUGUAGACAAUUGAUAUAAGCUAAACCAUAAACAUACUGUUCAAAAAUAGCAUCAAAAUUAUCCUGAGACUCAACUAGACACAAUCAUUUAGCACUAGUUAGGACCAAAAAAUUAGGGUAGAGAACCUUUUCCAACAGAUUCUCCUCCUUAAUUUUGUUAAUGUAUCAAGUUUUUAGAGUCUCAGUGUAAUAUUGGCACUAUUUAUGUGCUAUAGCUUCUGUCAACUAAUUAGCUCCUCUUUUUACAUACUAGUUAUGGGAAAUAUAUACUUACAGUAUAUAGACCUUUGAGACACUGGACCCUGUACUUACACAUAGCCCUAAUAUACUGUUUUUCAGUAUCUUUUACAAGGAUUGCAAGUAUUAAAUCAACUCAUUUGUAUAAAUCGAUAUGCACAAAGUUCACUGAACCUGAGACAUAAGUAGGAAAGUUUAGGCUUAAAUCAGAGUAAAGUAUCAAUAAUGUAUCCAUAACUUACUGGUAAAUAAAAUAAUUUUUAUAGGAUA